AAAUCCUGAAUUAGGCCAAGAGUUGUAGGAUAUGUGUACAUUAUUUUGAGUGUGGUUCAUGAUUUUUAGUCGGGUAUAGGGGUUGAAGAGUUGUAUGCGGCUAUUUAAGGAGGAAUUUUUUUUUGGUUAUUUUUUACGCUCUUAAGAUUUAUGUUGUCCCAUUGCCGGUCCUGAGUUUGUUUUUGAUCGGUCACACAGCUUCAUUUGUAUUCUGGCCUUGGACCGAGAGAGUUAGAAAUAUUGCAUUUUCUAGAAAUCGUCGACAAUUGCCUGCUUUUUUCUAACAGAUGGCUUCGAGAACAGGUAAGAUGCAACAAUGGUUGUACUACAAGAUCCGAGUGACAAUUCAAGAUCGACGCGAUAUAAUUGGGACUUUUAUGGCAUUUGAUCGUCAUAUGAAUUUGAUUAUUGCGGACGCGGAAGAAUUCAGACGCGUUGAGGGGAAAAGCAGUGGUUCUGGACAAAAGAAGUCAGAGGAGAAGAUUUUGAAACGAACCUUAGGGCUUGUAUUAUUGCGUGGUGAGAACAUAGUUAGUUUUUCGAUUGAGGGUCCCCCUCCACCGGAAGAGAGAAGGAAUAGGCAGGCGCCUGUCUUAAGCUCGGCAUGUCCUGGAAUUGGAAAGGCUGCAGGAAGAGGCAUUUCCCCAUUUCCAAACGUGAAUAUGGGCGCACAAGCACCUAUUCCAGGUCUCAGUGGUCCUGUCAAGGGUCUUGGCGGUCCCUCCCCUGUCAUGGUGCAACCAGGUAUGAACCCGUCUCUUAAGUUUCCUUCAGGUGUGAUGCAUGGAGGUAUCCCUCCAAAAUUUGCUGUCCCUGGAAUGCAGGGUAAAUUUCCACCUUUCCCUCCUGGAGCCAUGCCCCCCAAGUUCCCCAUGUCCAUGCCGCCUAUGUUUCCGCCUGGUGGGAUUCCGAACCUUCCACCUGGCAUGAUACCUAAGUAUCCCACGACCAUGUAUGGGCAUCCAGGUAUGAUACCCAAGUAUCCGCCGGGAUCGCCUCAUACCUAGCCCUCUUUUUUUUUUUUUAGGGGGCGGUAAUUCACAAUCUAUCAUCGAGCAAAGCCGUUCUCGGCCUUAAAUUAGCGCUUCUUCUGGAAAAUUACUAGUUGGAAAGUUUGCGCAUUGCAUCGUCGUAGAUUUUAUAUGAUUCGUCCUUUCCGAGUUUAAUUCAGGUCAAGGCUGAGCCUUUGAAAGCGGCGUGAGCUUUCAAAGGAUUACAGUUUUUUGUAUAUUUUUGAGAAUUAUUUCUCGCCGUUCAAUUACUAAUAAAGCAGCCUGCAACCAGUCCUUCGUUUGCAGGCGUGAUUUGCUUGAUGCAUCUAUAUCA